ACUAUCAAAGGAACAACAAACUCAACAUGAAAUUCCUCAUCGUAUUAGCUGCCCUCUGCGCCGUUGCCUUGGCUGUACCUCGUCCUGAUGCUGAAAUCGUUAAGCAAGACAGUGAUGUAGGACCCGAAAGUUUCGAAUAUGCCUAUGAAACCUCUGAUGGUACCAAACACAACGAAGGUGGCCAACUUAAGGAUGCCGGUACUGAUCAUGAAGCCAUUGUUGUUCACGGAUCAUACUCGUGGGUGGAUGAGAAGACCGGUGAACACUUCACCGUCGAAUAUGUCGCUGAUGAGAACGGUUUCCAACCCAAAGGUGCCCAUAUUCCAGUUGCCUAA